AGAAGUCGGAUGAGAAGCCUGCAGUGGCUCUCAUAGUCUGUUAAUCCACUGAAUUUGUUUGCAGCGUGACCGUGAGCGAUUGAUUGCUCUUAGAGUGCAAGAAAGCGGAACUCAUCAGGCAAAUCAUGGCAGUGACACGACGUGCGGCAAAACUCUCGGGGCAGAGUCCCCAUGUCCACAGCCCCUGCUUGUUUAUGUCUCGAGUACAGCCUGCCGCUGCCGCGACUCAACACCAUGUUGGCAGCGCGUAGCCACGCCAAAUACUGCCACGCAAAGUCACAGCUGGACAUCAUCAGCGAGAGCUUGGCAUGAAGAAGGGCAAAGCUUGGAAAGAGAGAGCAGCACUUCUGCCGUAAGUCUGCGCAGACAGCAGCCGCGCGCGACCGACCUGAGGUCUUCUGCGCGCCACAUCUUCAUUCUGGGCGACGUUUGCUCUGAGACGAAGACGCUGACUUGCAGCACCCGGUCUGAUGCUGUGUGAAGGGGUUGGCUUCAUCCCGUACAUGAUGGUGGCAGCGUGGCCAGCGCAUGUUAUUGCUUUUUUACCUCGACGAGAACUAGGACGGUGAGGGAACGAAUGGAUGCCUAACCGAGGCGGAGUCUGCAGGGACGGAGCGGAUGCGUAAAGCGGUGUCUUAGGACAUCAAUUCUCCUUCGUUUCGAGUGGAUGCGUGGCGCAACCGAACAGUCGCUACACAUUCAUGUCACAGACGGGCUAUCACAAGCACAAGAAGGAGCGUACACGUACUAGUCACCAUUUUGAUCUUGUAUGGAUUUUGGCAGUUUUUUUGAUUUUAGCCAAGCUCUUCUACACACGCAGGAAAGUCAUACCUGAAACUACUCAAAAAUGUUCAAUAUCUGCGGAAUGUAAACAACGGGGUCGUGCUAUCCCGUUUUUUAGGUUUGUUGCCUCUUCCUACGCAGCCCUUGUAGGGAGGGGAUCAUGUGCUCGCGAAGCGUGGCCGCUAUCCUCGAAAUAGCUUUCAUAAUGAAGUAACAUUGACCGCCCACUGCCACUGCGCAUGAAUAUGUAUGACCGCGCGAACCUCGGUGAACAAAAGACCUCUAGUGCCGAAAUUCAUAGCGGCCGGGACGCACAGGUUCAUGGUACGUUUUGCAUAUGAUGCGCCCACUUGUUCGUCGAACGCCGGGAGCGCGCCCUCCGUGAUGGAGCAGAGGACGAACCGAAGAGCGCGUUUCUGCAGAUCUGCCGCCGUAGCUGUAGAAUGGAGGGUAUCGAGUGCAAAUAGCUCGAGCAGGUUUGUUUCAAUGCAUCAGAGGCAACAAGUAUGCUUGCGUGCCGGCAAACGUUGCGUUAGUUUGUGCUCAACCAAGAAAGCAUAGUGAGUUUGAAAGACGACCAUGACGAGCAAAAAAGGGGCGUGCUUCUGCGCCGGGCAUUUUUGCAGAGCUCAGGCUGCGACUGCCCGCCGAGCACAAGAAUUUCAAGGAGUCUACAUCUUUUCACAUCCCGAUCGGAGUACUAUUUGCAUUCCAUGCCGUUGCUGCACGAGACCCCCCUCGGGCUUCAGCGUAACACGACAAAACACCCUCCGAGGAGCUGUUUGGCGUUGUUUGGAAUCCUGUCGCUCGAAAAGCGCAUGCAUUACCUCCUGUACUGCAGCAAGGCCACUGAAGUGUUGGACCUGUACCCUGAGGGCGCGUACCCCUUUUUCUCGGGCGCCGGCACGACCAGCAAGAAGCAGCGCGAGCACGUCGACGAUCGGCCCUCGUCGCGCCCGUUCAGUUUCUUUCCCGGCUCUUCUGCAACGAGUGACCACUGGGCCGCACCCGACCAUGCCGGCGGCUGCAACCGGAGCCCUUCGUACGGAAAAAUAUUCCGGGUCGCCCAGGUGGAGUUACUGCCCAUUAACAGUGCGCAAAAUAGUACGAGUACUGUACACGCACAAAAAAUCCAGGGUCUGGAGCGCCUCCUGCAAUCUUCCGGGUUCUACUUCAGCAACGAGAUCGACCUCACUCGCACACUGCAGCGCAAGUUGGCCAUGUACAACAACUCGUCCGCAACGACUGCGCCGGGUGCGCUCCGUAGUACGCCUAGUUCGACUCGCUCGCACCUCCGAGAUGGGUGCGGCGCGCCCGUAUCGGUGAGCUCCUCUCUUUCGGCGGCUAACACUGAAGUCAAAAUGCAGUCGGGGACGGGAACUGGAACUGCGGAUGCCGCUAACCAACGAGGCCCAUGUGUAGUAGGACCGGCAGCGCGGCAGCAGGAACCUCCUGCAAAACCGAUUUCGGUAGGCCCAGGCGGAAUCCCCCGUGCCGCUAGUGGGCGACUGUCAGCUUCCUACGAGAACACACAGCACUUUCUUUUCGAAACAGCGGACGUACGGUUUGUCUGGAACCACGAGAUGGCACGGAUUUUUCUUCAUCAGGACACACGAACGCAGGCGUGGCUCUCUGUGCUUAUGCAGGGAUUUGUCGGGGAGCGUGCGAUAGAUGAUGUGUCUUUUCUGUCGCCGGCGGAUUACAACCGUGCCACCCACGAGCGAGCCGAGCGUAUGUCCUCGCGAACUGGACGAGCAGUCGCAAAGGGAGAAAACUCAGGCAACGUCGUGCCUCAAGACGCCGGCACGCACAGAGUGUACGCCAAAGGCAACCGUCCCAGCCAACCGAAUUUGGGGACGAACCAAGACGUUACGUUGCCUCAGGGAUUGCAGUCUCCUACUAGUGGGCUGGUGAGAGAGCCGACCACUUUCUUUCCUGCGUCCUGCGGAAAGGCGACUAGCGCUGCAACAGAUUGUACUGGGUCAACAGCACGGGAGGAAAAAAAUGUCAAGGCUACGAACGGCCAUAGAGGCUGCGAAAUGGCGACGUCGGGUAGCGCCAGCGACCCCGCUAGCGGAUGCUCCGGCCGUCCAGUCCCUUCGUCCGCCUCAGUCCGGCUCUUGUUGAUCGUGCGACGCUCUUGUCGCCGGGUUGGCACUCGGUAUGCAUGUCGAGGCAUGGACGACGCGGGGGACGUUGCUAACUUCUGCGAAUUGGAACAGCUCGCACAGCUCACCAGGACCGCUGCAUCUUUGUCGAUUGCUGCUAGUACAACGCCCUCGGCCACGACGGCUGGUGCAGCGACAUUGUUCACGCAAUACAGCUUUAUACAAAUACGGGGAUCGGUGCCGCUGUUCUGGGAGCAAAAUGCAAUGGGAAUUCCGGAGCUGACCCGUGAGUAUCAUCAGGAAAAAUUUAUCCCGCUCUCCAUGUUCCAAAGGAGAUCUGUGAUUCUCAUGCGUUUAGUUGUAUACGCAAAUUGCGAAGACCAGAAGGCGCUCUUCAAAUAAUGAUCGAGAGCUUUCUAUCGCAUCCUACCGCCGGUGCUCCAUCUUGAAUACUGCUGUUUGGUCUACGGCACCAGAAGAGGCGUCGAGCGCGUCCAUAGCUAGCACCUAGACAAAUAGAGGUACUAUCACCUCCCUGCUGGUGCUCGUUUUGGGGCGCCGAACAAUAGAGGGCCUUCGCCCGGUAUCUCCGAAGGAAUGUAUGUACACAUGUGAGGACAAUGGUGCUGGGUCGUGUGCACACGAUAUCGAUAGAAAGAAAGCAAAGCACGUGGAUGUUGAACCACUGGAAGCGGGGAUUCUUCCUCUUGAUGGCGCGCAUCCGCAGUUUGCAAAGGAGGGAUUCCGAAAGCACCAGGAAGGCCUGGAGAGGAUGUAUGGUUGCGUGAUGUACGUGAACUUGCUGUCGGACAUAUUACAGUGAAAAAUGCCCCCACCCCUAAAAUUGCAAGAAUUUGUGAUGCGAAGUUUCCAAAUGAAAACUUUUUGUCAUGCAUGAAAGGAGUACGAGUCUUAUCUUUCUGAUGCAGAGUCUAGGCGUGUAUCGCGCUGCCUGCAUGACAAGCGCCGCUCUUGCUGGGGUCUUUUGCAAUACAAAUUUUCGCUAUUCACGACUGGAAACCUGUAAUGCUGAUAGAUGCAAGAGGGCGAAUGUUUCAUUUGGAAAGGUUUGCAAUACAAAUGCUUCCAAGUUCGGGGGUGGGGGCAUUUUUCAUUGUAAUAGGACAAAAAAGCAGGAGAGCAAAUGCUAGUCGACUCCUUGCAGGAGCAAGUGCAGGAGUACCUACGCGAAGUUCGGCAUCGCGAUAGCCGUGCCGUGGCUUCGAAGCUGCCGCGGUUGAGUACUAAGGGCCUCAAGAACAACUGUGGGGCUGUCGCUGCAUCAGUUUCCGUCAGCAGCUCUGCUGGUGCGGUGGUCCCUUCACCUGCGUGCAGCAACAUUUCUGGGGUCGUGCCAGGAGGAGAAGACAGUCUCAACACAGCCGUUGGCACGACCACACCCUCUUCUACAACAACCGCUCCCAAAGAUGCGGAGCUCCUCCGUACAUCCGACGCGGUCUCAGUAGCUGUUCACUCCGACGCCCAGGGACCCGCAGGCACAGACCGUGGUGUUCCACCAAGGGGCAGCGACGUCACGGUGACGCCACCACGAACGACGGCGGCUCAGGAUAGCGGGCGCGCCGCCGAAUUGCGGCUGCACGCGGUGGACGGCGUUUCCGCGACCACGCGAGGACACGACAAGACCACCACGCACUGCACCGGAAAAACGGGCGGCGUGGCGCCGCUCCGGAUGGAGCAGCUCGGGAGCUCGUCUCCGUCCUCGGGCGGGUCCCCCUCGAGCAGCGCGCGCGCGAAUGGGCCCGAUGACUACGGUGCAAUAUCAGGGGCAGCCGCUGGGGCGCGUCGCUGCCUUCUGCUGAAGCACUUCGACUUCGUACGCUGUUUGAAAACUUCCCCGCCACCCCUUACUUGUUGUGCUUGUCAUGCAAUUUCUGCAUACGUAUGCCUAGUCAGUAGAGCACAAACUUGUGCUAUGCAGAUCCCCGGACGAGUUUCUGACGUGUAAAGCAGAACACGCACCAUAGGCAUCAUGUUUUUUUUGAGUAUGGGGCGGAAGCAGUUCUACACACGAUCCUGCAACCACAAGGGACUUACGAGUGUGGAGGAAUUGUUUGCAGAGGUGGACUAUCAAAUGUAAAAAUGUCUGGGUCUGGAAGGUUGGAAUUUGUGAUGCUAACUUUGGACUCCAAAAAAAUUUGUAUUGCGUGACCAGCAAGAGGGGUACAGUUUGUGCUACACGGACAGGGCAUUUCUCAUGCGGAAGUUGCAUCAGGAAGCCCUCUAAAAGUCUGUGAUGCUAGAUCAUGCACCACAGGCAUCAUGGGUCAUGAGAAAUAUGCAUGACAAAUCUCGGAAUCUUCCAGACCCAGACACUUUUGCACUUGAUAUGGACAAGUGGCGGCCGGAACUCGAAGAGUACGGGUUCGCGAGCUGUGACGGUUUGCCCGAGCACCAAGUGGCGGUGCUGACACACCAGACGACGUUUGAUAGAAGUGCUGGCGAAUCAGGACGCCGCGGCGCACAGGACGUAGUGCAUGGACGGACCUCCGAUCAUGAAGCGCACGAGCCGGGCGACGCGUGCGGAAGUGCUGGAGAAAGUCCAGUACAACCACAUCCGUGCGUGUGGAGGACUCGGCAGUCGGGCGUCGUGCGCACGAAUUGCAUGGAUUGCCUGGAUCGCACAAACCUGAUGCAGUUUGGUUUUUGUUGGUGGUUCGUGCAGCAGGUUUUUCUUGCCGAGGAAAAGCGCCGCGCAGCAGGAAAGUCGCCGAGUAGUGCUGCAUCCCCCACAAAUAAAAUAAAGGGCGGCCAUGCGCUCUCGCGUCCGGAUGCACUAACGAGCGUCGGGCCGAUCGAGAUUGUGGCUCAGCCACAUCAUGCCUCGUCGUCGCAAACCCCACGAUCCCCUAAGUGCUCUGCCGCGGCUCCUUCCCGGAGCGUUGGAAAAGCAAAUACGAGGCAAAGCAUUCACGAUUUCAUCGCAGGAAUAGAGCCAAAACAAGUCAAGAACGACGACGGUUCAUGUCCGAACGGCGCGGAGCAGAGCGCCUCCGCCUCCAGAGCCGCCGUCGGUGCCGCGGUUCCCACACGUCUUUUUGGUGGUCCCGUGCCCACCCUGCCUACUUCCAAGUCGACGUCACAGCAACUGGAAAAACAGAUGCCGGAAGCCGACGCGCCGGGGUGGGGGCAGAGUUUUUUUGACUACUUUUCUACCUCGUCGCACGCAGCGGAAAAAGAAAGUGGCGGAACGGGCGAAGGAUACAAUGGAGCAGGUGGGGAGGCAAGUUUCAGGGACCCGCAGCGGCAUUCGCACGACGCGAUGAGGAGCUCGGCGGAGGCUACGGUAGGCAUCGGGACUGGCCUGCUAGUGCCCGGCGACGAGCAGCGCGUUCGAGGGGGUUUGCAAGUCCUGUGGGCGGAUGCUGGCGAUCAAGUUAGCGAGCAGACAACUGGCGUGGCCUCCAUCUAUUCUACGUUCCUGCGGGAGGGCAAGCACUCGCACUACGAAUUCGCCUGGAGGUCCGUCGCGCGCAAAUACAACGCGUUAGUGGAAGAUGCGACACGACAAGAGUGUCUCGACGCUUUGCUGCGUAGCCCACCGCUUUCCGAACGCUUUCAGAAUAUUGUAUGGAGUGAGGUCCUCGCGAGUGUUCUAACCUGGCGGCUUUCUUGACAUGCAGCAAGUAGAAACCCUACCGGCAAUUUUGGAGCGAUCCGGAGGCUUUUAUUUUUGACACAUGCAAAAAUAUUGUUGUCACUUUCUAACUCUGAGUCUGAUCGGCUCACUUGGUUUUUUGCGUCAAAUAAGCCCACCUGGAUUCUGUCCAGUGCCGUCAGUUUAAAGAACGACGCAGGUGGGGAGCGGGCGAAAGUAGCGCCGCUGCGACGUGCGGAUUCUCGCGAUUUAGUUUUUGCACGCGAAAACGGAGACGCCAAAAAAGCAACAGCGGAAAGUAAGGAAAAAGUGAGGUCGUUGGAUGGUGAGGGCAUCACUUGUGCUCACAUUUGAGGGCCGGAAAUGCGGCCACCCGAAUCGUGAGUCGGCCAGUUAUUGUCCGGAAACAAGUUGGAAAGAUAGGAAAGGAAAAGGAGCGGUGGCGCUUGUGAUAGAUUGUAAAAAGCGGGAGCGAAAAACAUGAAAACGUAUGAAAAUGUCCGCAAAGGCGAAAAACUGAAAGCCCGCCCGUGUACUGUGGCGCCCGCCGAUGUCGAUUCUCCGGGGCCGGGCGUCAAAAGGCUCGGCCCUGGUGAAGGUCCGGGGGCCGGGCACAGCGAGCGGACCGGCCUUGGUUUUUUGAUUGCAAGAAGCUUGCGACUUUCCGGCACGAGUUUGAGCGGCCGCUACACACCUUUAAUUACUUAAAAAAAAAAGAGCGCAGUCUAUGAUGCCCAGCAGUGGCACAACGCACGGCACUGCGAGGCCACUGGUCUUGUUGUUUCGCCGGCGCGGCGGCCCGCCACACCCAGACAAGAAAGCUGCCGUCAGCUCACUGGCACCGCUCUGACGCUACUUUUGGUAUCACGAGAGCACCGUAAGAAGCUACACGUCGGCAAUUUCACGCUUUUCACCUGCACGUGGAAUGUGGGCGGUACGACGGAUCCUCUGCAAGAAUUGACGCGCGUUCUCCCGGAAGUUCCGCGAGACAUCAUGGUGUUUAACUUCCAAGAAGUUGUGGAUCUGGGCGUCGUAUCAUAUGUAAAAGUGUCUGGGUCUGGAAGAAUCCGAACUUGUAAUGCACAUUUCAGAACACAGAAAAAUCUCUCAUGCAUGGGUAGCAGAAGCUGCCCACUUUCUGUCACCAAAGUGGGGGAUUUGUCAUGCGGAUUCGACAUUGCGGAAGCUUCUCGAAACCUGUAAUGCUAGAGCUUCCAUGCCAGACCUUCUGUGUCAUGCAAAAACAGCAUGACUCUUCCAGACCCAGACAUUUUUACAUUUGAUACGUCGCCACCGCCACAUCCCUGGUCGGGGGUUCCUGGGAUACGACGAUCGAACAAGAUAUGGAACUGUCAGGAUUGAAAUCGUCACAGUUGAAAUAAUUUCUCAUGCAUAAAUUGCAAGGCAUGAAGUGCCUCUCUUGCAGGGAUGGCAAGUGAGGCUGACUGUCAGCCUGUUUGGGGUCUGAGAUAGAGCUGCUAAAGUAGCACGAUAAAAGACGCCUCCUGUCCCUAAACAGCAUGACAGACUAGAUUUAGACGGUGCCGAAAUUUGUCAUGCACCGCUUGGAAACUGAGCUUCCAACUGGUAUCGAUUUCAUGCAUUACAACUUUGUCGAUUUCAAUCCUGACGCUUCCAUACAAGAGAUCAAUGCGAAAAUUGACGCAGCCUUGAAGCAAAAAUACGGCUGCGGCCAUGUCGCGAGCCCCCGGCGUCCCUUCUGUCCGCGUUUUGAUCCGGCCAAGGAUCCGCCUGCCGCUGCCACAAAUCCCGAUCUCGGAGUCGAGGGGCGGAACGGUCUUGGCGAACCUCGUUCUUACGACCUGAGCCUUCCGCCACGAGCGAGCGGUCGCCCUGAGUCGACUGCGGAGGCUAGUAGGAGCGGGGUUCAUCUUCCCAACCCACCCACGAAGCAGCCUGCUGGUGCGAGUCUCAAUCUCAGAGGUGGGACCAGCACUACGUCGGAGAAGCUAUUUUCUCACGUGAGCUACUCGAAAGUGAAGGGUUGCGGGAUGAUCGGACAGUAUUCGGUUGUGUUUGUGGCAGACCACCUCGCUCCUAUGAUUUCCCGCAUUGGCAGCUGCGAUAUUCCGGAGGGCAUGGGCGGCAUGGCUGGAAACAAGGGCGCGGUGGUGCUGAACUUCCAGCUAUCAAAGUGAAAAAAGCCCCCACCCCAUAUCGGAAACGGAAGAUGCGCGAAUUUGUGAUGCUGUAUUUGAGUACACAAAUAGAAGGCCAAGAGACGAAGCUGCGGCCUAAAUUGCAGGUAAUCUGUCAUGCUGUUUCCCACUUCCAGUUGCCUACUGUCAUCCUGGAGCUGCAAGGCUUUCCCACGCUAGACAGCACUACAGUCCGCAUCUUUUGCCUUCUAGCAUCACAAACCUGAUUUGUGACCACAAAUCUGCAUCACAGAUUUCCGUUUUGAUAUGGGGAGGGGGCAUUUUUCAUUGUAAUACCAGCUUUUGGAUACGACUCUGUGCUUCGCCAACGUCCACCUGGAGAGCGGUAUUACAAACGCCUCGCGGCGGUACGCGCAACUGACAAACAUCCUCCAGUCUGGACGGAUCUGGAAUAGCGACAAGAGCCGCUUCAAUUAUGACAUUGUGAUCUGUGCUGGUGACUUUAACUUUCGUCUCCUAAAAACGCGGAUUGACACAAGUAGCAGCGGUUGCGGUGCUUCGCCAGCUCCGAAGGCUGGGGUCGUUGGGCCCGCGGGUCGUGGAAGUGGUUCGAGUGCGGUUGCGGGCCCAUCAACCGGGAGCGCAGGUGGCGUUAAGUUCGAGCAGCUCAGUGAUGUUUAUGACCCCACUGCCUUCACCGACGCAGAGUUGGACCCAUUUCGCGCGACCGCGCGGCAUUCCGACCACGUUUACAAGCAUUGGCGGGACCUGUGCAGGUUUGAUCAGUACCUCAACGAGAAAGGUAAGCGUAAAUCUACCUCGUACCUUGAUACAACUCUCGUCGUUUCCGCGAGUAAUUUGCGUACCCUGACUAUUCUAUGUUUCAUCUAGUAACGUGACGAGUUUUACCUUUUAUAGUUGCGUGCUUUGAAUAUGGACUUCCUUAUCUCUGCAGCAUCCAUGUUGAGUCUGCAAGAGCACACCGGCGAGCUGGGAAAAACGCCAGGAGUAGAUGUAGCCACACGAAUGAACAAGAACUAUCUUGCGCUUCGCGAGAUGCCGAUCGCGUUUCCUCCGACUUACCGGCUUCACAGAGAAGAGUACCACUACGAUGUGUCGCGCCAACCGGCCUGGUGUGAUCGGAUUUUGUUUGCCGGGCGCGGUCUGAAAGUUCCGGCGCACCGGCAUUUGCACGAGGAUGGGGCAGACGUUGUUUUGCGAAGACGUCCGCUGAAUCAACAAGGCACAGGGGCAUUGCCCCUGUCAUCCUUUUCGUCUCUGGUGCCGUCUCAAUCUGCGGAAGCCCUUUCACCCUCCGUAGCCACGAGAUUCGCGACAGGAGAUGACAUCAAAGUGCUUCCGUUAAAAAGGGCGCAAUCCUUGGGGGCGAAUGUAGGCUGCAAUGACCAGCCGCAGUCAACAUCCACUUCGGGCGAAACGGAUUCUAGCGAUGUUGAAAGUUGUGCGGCGACCUCCAGCAGCUCCAGGACGUCAGUAGUUCCCGGCGGUGGAGGCGGACACAGUCAUCAUCUGACAGGCCAGCACGACUCGCACGCCGCAGCUUUGGCCAGGCACGAGGUGGCGUCCAGCGGCGCCUACUUGAGCAGUCGCCACGCGGAGAAGGCCUUUUUGGGGUACACCGCGUAUUUCAAUUGCACGGGAAGCGAUCACCGCCCCGUGGUCCUCGACUACCUUAUGAAAUGCAAAUAUGUCUGGGUCUGGAAAAUUCCGAGAUUUGUCAUGCCGUUUUUCCAAGCUCUGCCAGGUCUGGAAUGCAGGGCCUAGCGUCCUCACAGGUCCUGCAGCCCCUUGGUGAAGCCUAUUCUGCAUGAGAAAUGCCUUCUCUGCAUGAGGCCCAUGCAGAGCCGUCCUCACGCCGGACACAACCAACAUCUGUCCGAAACAGCCUAGGGCCAAGACGACGCCGUGAGGACGACCACAGGGGGUCCGUCUCAAUGAUGAUGAUGGUGAGGGGUAUUGGCAGAGGCGAAAUCUGUUCUAACGCCCAGGUAUUGGCAGGGGCUAAAGCUGUUCCAACGCCACCCUGACAGGAGUCAAAGGUCACUACGAUGCGAUACGAUGCGAUGCGAUGCAUGAGAAGCGCCCUUCUGAAUGAAAUGAAAUGAAAAAAUGGCUAGAAAUGGGGACCUUUUGCAAGUCAUGCAACACAAAUUUUUGCAUGAUCCGCAACACGCAUCACAAGUUCGCAUCCUUCCAGACCCAGACAUAUUUGCAGUUGAUAUACCUCGAAGGAGUACUACUCGAAUUCCAUGACCGGGAAGAGCAUGGAUAUGCAAGAAAAAAACUGUGUAAGUGUAAAUUUGUGUUGCAGAACAUGCAACAGAGUUACACCUGUCAUGCCAGACAGCCACGAAGCUCUCUUUUCAGGUGUGUUUUGCCUUACAAGCCACGCAUGACAAAGCAAAUUUGUGAUGCUGUUCCUCAAAGAAAGUUACACUUACACACUUUUUUUUCUGGAUAAUGGAGAGCUGUCAGGUACUCCUCCGAUGCCGGGCGUUCAUGGGGCCGUGGAAUACCUCAAACAGUCUACAGAAGACCUCUCAUUUAGUCAAGUCGCGUCGCUCGCUUAUGCUAAUGCAUAUUAUGCAUAAAAAGAACAACGCUAUGCUAUCUUGCUAAAGAACAAGAUUUCACCAAAAAGUUUGUUUAGAGACGCCAAAAAGAACGGCAACAGCCUCUCGGCUCGCGAGGAGGCCUGGGCGCCUACGGCCGCGAGAAGAUCUUGUUUGCCGCUGCCGAGAAAAGAGCGUGCCGACAGCUGCAGGGAAAGCAGCACAUACCGGCACGGGCGGGCGCGCUUGUAUGUGCUCGCUCUCCCGGCGGCAAUGCCUUGCCUGUUUCGUUGCUCGAUUUGUGCUGCGACUACUGAGCUCUGGCGUACUUUGGUGCGCCAAUUGCGGCCUCGGCACUGGGCGUGUGAAGCGCUACUGCCUAAAAGCCCUGAGAGGCCUUACUUCCCAUGGUAUUUCCGCUGCGAUUUGAUGCUUCUCGCCUACGGCUCAGGAUUUGCUUCUUGCCCACGCCUUGCGUUUUGAAGUUUUCGAAGCUCUUCUUGGCGAGGUAUUCCAGGCGUCCGAAACGUCUGGGCGUCGAAGCUGUAAGUCAAGCCUGCAAGAAUGGGAGCAGGUUCAGCAAGCCGGGGCUUCUUUGAUGUCGUCGCCGCGCGUCACGGAUUUUGGUAAAGGGAGUGGAGCAGCUGCAGCAACGCGCAAAGGUGAUGAUCGUGCCGUAUCUUCUACGCGCGUCUUCCUGCCUGUAGUGGAGCGGCAAGGCGGGAGAGAGACGAGGGAGGAGACGGCGAACGGCAGCGCCGCCCUGCCCAGUACUACGCUUAGUAUUUUUACGUCGGACGAGCAGGAGUGCCGUCAGCCCAAGUCACAACUCGGAUCGGAAGAUGCGACACAGUGCUCUUCUUGUCCAGAGGGCCAGAAGCCGCCACGUCAAGGAGCAGGAGCGGCACACGCACAGACGGGCGCGGGGAAUCCGUCAAGCCAGCCGCUGCAACCUGUGUUGGAUGUUGGCCGGCCCACUGAUGCUUUGCAACGGACGCCGCCGCUUUUCCCGCAGGGCGACUCCGUGCCGGCUAGCCCCCACAGUCCGCGCGAUUGGGAAAUGCUCGGACAGGUGAGUCCGUAUCUAAAUAUUGUACAGGGCCGGGUCAGGAACGGGAACAGCGUAGAUGCUGGUUGAUGAGCGUGGUAUGUGAACCCCGACAAGAAGAGCACUCAGGUUGUCCAGAGGCAGGAGUGCUCUUUUUGAUCCAAGUCAUGCCCAACGUCAGCCUCAGCAGUGCCAAUUUUCAAGCGUAUUUUCAUCGCGAAAGCGAGUCUAGUACUGAUUCUUCAGUGCGUAACUCGAAUUGUUGGCACAAGGCGCACGAAUUGAAGUGCACUGUGUAGGGUGAGCCGUUGCUACUUGUUCUGAUUGUGUACUUACAUUGAGUUUGAUGUAUUUGCAGUUCUACAGUGCACUUGAACUUGAUGUAGGUUAGGACUUCAUAAAGUUCCUUGCCGGGGAGAUAGGGAUUUCUUGGGGCGUUUUACCUUCAGCUUGUGCGUCUGUAUUCCACUCCUGAUUACAAAUAUUUGCAGUGCAUACACAGCAUCACAGCACAGGCGGGUCCGAGGAUGCGGAAGCGGAGUUCGAGCUCAUUGAAAAUGAAGUCUAGUCGCUCUUUGAUCACUACCAUCAAAUGUUGUGUCUUGAUCUAGGAAUGUUCGAGUCCCCGAGUGAAGCCCGUGCCACGCGGGCGACUUGACCUCACGCACACCGUCAGAAAUGCAAUGUUGCUGGUUGUGGUCACGUCGACUUAUGCCAGAAGUACCAUACAACGUGCGUGCUUAAGCUGGGCGGCCGCGUUCCAGGAUGCCAGCGGCGUCGCGCCUACUUACAUUGUUGGCCAACAACUGUUGGCGCCUGCGGCCGUGCGUCGACUCAUUCGUGAGGUUUAUCAAAGUCCAGCGUUGCACUUGAAAAUGCAAUCGAGUCACAGUUUUUCAAUUUUGUUGCGUCCCUUUGUCGCAAUGCCAGCUUAGCGAAAAAGUCUACAAUAAUUAUCUCUGAAAAACCCCAAUCGGGCCGCAAUGAGGAAUGUGAGUACUUUAGCCGCAAUAAAAACGCAACCGGUGCGUUCCGGGGUGCCCCUCACGCGUGCAGAUGUGUACAUGCUGUGUCACUGCACAAUCGCAGCACAU